AUGCCAACUAGUUUCGAGUGGGAGACGUACGAUAAAUGGUGCAGAGAGCUUGGCUCUGAUAUGAUCCACCUCGAAGUUGCCGGGACGUCUAUCGUCGUCAUGAACAGUGUGGAAGCGGCGGAGGACUUGUUAGACAAACGCUCCGCCGUUCAUUCUAAUCGACCGCGACUGGUCAUGGUAAACGAGCUGAUGGGAUGGAACUAUUCCUUCGCUCUUAUGGAAUACGGCGACGAAUGGCGAGCACAACGGCGUUUAUUUCAGCAGGAAUUUCAUCCAACAGCUGCUGAGCGUUUCCAGCCACUCGAACUUCAAGUGGCGCACAAUCUCGUCCGCCGCCUUCUGGACGACCCGGAGAACUUCCCAACUCAUAUCAGGCAUCUGGCUGCUUCCACUAUUCUUGGGAUAGCAUAUGGUAUCGAGGUCCUCCCGGAAAACGAUCCGCAUGUCGCUGCCGCCGAACGUGCUCUUGAGUCUUUAGGCCAGGGGAUCGCACCGGGCGCAUUUUUGGUCGAGUCCAUACCGGCGUUGAAAUACGUACCAGAGUGGUUUCCAGGCGCCGGAUUCAAACGCAAAGCAAGGGAAUGGGCCAAAUUUUCGACCAUCAUGCGUGAGAUGCCCUUUGAAGCUGCAAAAACGUGCAUCGAAAAUGGGACCGCACACCCGUCGUUCACUUCGUAUAGCCUUGAUAAGUUGAACGGUGCAGCGGACCAGGCUGAACAAGAACGUCUUGUCACAGCAGUGGCGGCUACAAUGUACGCAGGUCAGUUGUCCCUUCGUCAAGUUGACAUAGAUGACAAGCUUAACUCUGUGAAUGCGAAACCGUCAAAGGAGGAACCGAUUCUGUAUGUCUCUCACUCCUUGUAUUUAUUUCUUCAUCCCUGA